UGUUCACCAAAGCAUCCCUCACAUUGCUACAUGCCUGACUGGAGACAGUACCCACUAGCACCUAGUUUAUAUCAAGACAAAGAGUGUUUACUUCCUACGCACUAAGGACUGUGGAGAGCUGGAAGUGAGGGGGGAAAGGAUGGUUUGUCAGUAACUGAUCCCUAACAAAGAUGACCUCCAGCAUUCUCGUAGCUACUAAUUCCUUGCAGUGCAGUUCUGGCACAUGGUAAAAAGUCCAGUUGAGCCAGGGGAUACUCAUUAAUACCUCCACUGUAGAGGGCCUUUAUCGUGGGCUGAAACUCGAGAGCUGUGAGUGGUUACCUGAGCUCCAGAGGGAUGACUCUCCGCAGGCCAGCUGCCCACCUACGUAGAGCUCCGGGUUGGAGGAGAUCAGGAGAUGAAUCCUACUGGGAGAGUUUAUUAGCAGAGGGAGAGGUUUUGCCCCCUGUCUCUCGCCCCCCACGUACACCUCGGCCCCAGAGCGCCAUUGAAGGAGGCCAGCUGGACGACUGGCUGAAGCACCUGCAGAGGAUGCAGUGCGACCUCCUCGGAGCCCCAGUUCACGAUCAGGUUCCAGCUUUUAAUGAUCGGACAACUUCCAUGCCUGUUCUCAACAAAGAGCCAACGGGACGUGCCUGGAGACAGCCAGGGAUUCCCUCCUUCAGCAGGGGUUCAUCUUCAUGCGGGAGUCCAAGCCGGUGUGAGAGUUCUCUAGGCAGCCAGGAAUCCCUCCAAACUGGGUUUUUGUCUCCUCCAGAGCGAAGAGGAAGCUGGGAGAGAGCUCAUAUCAUGCAGGCCCCAAGGAAGGAGCAAACUGAACUCAGUUAUCUUGCUCCAGUCAAAAUUGGGUGGCUGCCUAUCCAAAGAAGAGUGAUGAUGGCUGACACUUGCAACCAAAGUCAGUUUUUGGACCACUCUGCUGGGCAGAUGAAACUGAAGCAACCAAUUACUCCAACCUUCCAGAAGAAUCAAGCAACGUCCAAAACUUACCAUGAUGAAGAGGUGGAGAAAAGUCGCACACGUUCGAGUGCUUUGGGUGUGAAGACGUGGCCAACAUUUGAUCAAGACUCUCCCAUUGCUGAACAGGUGCCAGAAAAACAAAACUUUACGGCUAACGAAGGGGACAGACCUUUUGGCUGGCAAGCUCUGAGAAGAGGUUGGAAUACCAACAGGGUGUCAUCUUUCCCUGGAGGCAGUCAGUCCAAUGAGCCCUCCACAGGGACCAGCUCAGAUCUCAACAGGAAGUCCCCUCUAAUGAAAACAACCAGCAUAGAACCCCUCAAGCGUUCUCUUCAUCGAACAACUUCUGCCGAUCCCUGUAAACCACACAGUCUGUUUCAAGGGACAAACAGCACAGAGACAUACAAGUCAUAUACUCCUUUGCAUAGGACAAGCAGUGUUCAGCCUGUAAGGGCAACAGCCCCGCUGUCACAAAGCUCUGCUGUGACUACAAUCAUCCCUCAGAACAAAGCAAGCUUCUCCUCCAUCACCAUCUCCUCCAGGAAAGUGUGCAGAUCGGCUAGUUUGCCUGGCUCAGACACCAGUCACUCUUCCCAAUCCAGUCAAUCCCCUUCUCCGACACCACCCAACAACGAGUCCAUGGACCCAAACCCAAGGCAGGUCACAGUGCAGAGGAAGGCCACUAUAGUAAAAGUGACAGAGCAAUGUAUGAUGGCCAGCUCUGCCCCGAGCACAGAAAGGACCCCACCAGCUAGCCAUGAUCUAGACGCAGUGGUCCACAGACGAAAGGCUACCAUUAUCAAAGUGACAGAGCACAGGGAGAGCUACAGCCCAGCUAAAGUAGGAAGUGGGAUAAGGCACCCAGAAUACAGGCACAGCUACACAGAGGGAGUGUACAAGGAAAACAGCAUGUGGAGUCAGGGAAACCAUUCAGAACACAAUGCGGCACCUUCAUAUCACCAUCUGGAUUCCACAAAGAGGCCAAACUCUGCUGCAGUGCCAAAUAAAUCCACUUCAGAUGCAGAGAGAAACGGCGGAACACUACACAGGUCCACACUGAGCCUUUUUAUGAGCACCCCCCCUGCCAUAGCUUCACCCGCUCCCUCAGAGGUUCCUCUGAGAGCUCUUGGACGGAGAUCGGACACACCGCACAGACCACUGAGCUGCUAUGGCAAUGUGUUCGGACACACUGAGCCAAGCAAGGAGAAGGUGACACAACCAGCUGCCAGGAAAUGGAGCUUUGGGCUCCCGCAAGAGACCAAUAUCAACCCUGUGAACUCCGACAGUAGUUUCAUCAGCCCUCAAACAGCAGUGAAAGAAACGGGUCAGCUAGUGGGAGGCACGUUGGAGCCAAACGGACACGAGAAAGAAAGACUGCUGCCAGAGAAUGCAGAGAGGAGAGUGUCCCCCUGUCUAACUCUCAUCAAGGCCCCGGAUCCACACUCACAUCAGUCUCCAGAGGAAGUGCUUGCCCUCAAUGCAGCUGCGAUCAUAGCAAAUAUUAAACUGCAAAGACAACUUAGUAAGAAGAAAACACCAAAUGGCAAUUCUGUGAAGGACACUGCUGCAUCACCCCAGGGAAACACUGUGACAGAUGAGGGGAAAUGUAUGAAGUCACGUCCGGAUCAAAGCCCAGAACGGCAACACAACCAGCCUCAUGCUGCAUUUGUUCCACUGAGUCUUGAACCCGAAAGUUCAACUGAAACCUUUUCUCUGCAGGAAGCACUCCAGAGGUCCAGACCAGACUUCAUCAGUCGUUCUCAGGGUAGACUAAGAGAACUGGAGCAAAGGACACAAAAGAGGAGGGAGCGGCCCGAUUUGGUAGAACCGCACUCGGACGCUGCUCUCGGCCAGAGGAGAGUUCACAAUGCCCGGUCUACCUCUCUGAACGAUAACCUUUUCAAACACAGAGAUAGAGCCAUUACUGGGAAAGAGAUGCAGCUCAGAUCCAAGUGCACGCUUGCAGAGGUGAAGAGGAAGAAGGAGGAAGAGAAGAAGAGGGAGGUGUGCUUGAGCAACAGACAGCGAGGUGAACUUUUCAAAAAGAAACUGUUGGAUCAGAUUCUUCAAAGGAGCAACAGCUGAGUGAUUGGCAACAGAUGAAGAUUAAGACAUGGAAAAAGCCUGUAGCAUUCUCUAACAGACAGAUGAAGUGAGCUUUGGCCUUUGACAGUGCUGAAUAUGAAUUAAAAUGUCAGUGUAGGUCUUCAUAUAACUUUAGCUGUUUUCUACUCUUGUCUAUCUGCCUUACAUUUGAAUCACAGAGCUUAACAUCUGUUCAAAAGAUAAAUCCAUGGCGAUCUUUCAAAAACUCAGAAGGUCAUUUAACAUCACUUACCUCUGUCUUGAAGGUUUUUCCAGAACCUUCAAAGACUCUUCUGCCCAUCUGGAUAAAAAAAUAUAUUCAAAUGCACAAUAAAAAAAAAAUACAACCUUUUAAUCUGUUUCCCUUAUUGUGACUAGUAUUUUCUAAUCCAACAAAGCUCCUUGCUCUUUUUUAUGUGACACCACAUGAAUAUAUAUAACGUUAACACAGAUAUGCCUGAUAAUAAAACUUUUUAAAAUUCUUGUUAAUGUGUCGUACAAAUCUUUCAAGGAGAUAUGCAUAUAUUCGCUUGUAUAAAGAAACAGAGUAGCAGUUUGGGAGAGCUUAAAUAGCUUAAAAAUGUAUUUUAUUGUGCAGCGGACAGAAAGAGAUUUAAUGCACUGUGCAGAAGAGUCCUUAAAAUUUUAGGAAAUACCUACAGAACAGUGCUAAAUGAUCUUCUGGAGUUUUGAAAGAUUGCCAUAGAUAUGUCUUUUGAGAAAAAACAGAUGCUAAUCUGUGAGAUUCAGCUGUCCUAGCUGCCCUUUUGGUAUGCAACUGGAAAUUAUGAUGGCCAAAAUGGAUGUACUGUAUGAAAUCAUGUCUCAACACUCUGUCUUGGUUGUAAUCAUAUCGAGCCUCAGAGACUGAUACCAUUUAGAUGUAACGUCAAAAAUGUAUGUAAUGUAUCAGCGUUAUCUUGCUUUCACUUGAUUGCAAAUUGCCUUUCUUUCCAGAAUACGUUGUGUAAUGGGAUGCAGAGUAACUGAUGUCCUCGCGCAGUCACUUUCACAUGAUCUCAUGUGAUGUGAAGCAGUGAUAUAAAACAAAAUCACUCAUUAUGUUGCACAGUCCCAUCCAAGACAGUCUUCAACCACCGCUGUCUUCAUUAUAUAACUAAUAAGCGGAAAGAAGCCUGAAGUGGGCUCUGCCAUCAUUCAGUGCCGGCUAUUAGCUGCUAAGAUGAAGGAAUGUGACCUCUCCUCAGUGGAAAUGCCCCGUUAAUGGACAGUGCUGGUUUGAAUGGAGCUUUUGUCUCUGUCUUUGUCUCAUGAUAGACUUGGGUCUGCCAUUCUAGAUUUAGAGUUGUGUGUUUUUGAUCCAAAGUGAACUGCUGCACAACGUGACGGAGCUGGGCAUGAAUCAAAAGUGAGUUAUUUUUGGAAUAAUAGACAACAGAGCAGAAGCCCUUUUUCAUUUUCCUUAAUUGUUAUUUUACUCAUUAGCCUUUAAGUUGUGUCAUCCAUCUCAAUUUGCUCUGACGUCUUGGAGAAGACAAUUGCUACUCACUGUUUUUGCACAUUUGUGUGUGUGUGUGUGUGUUUGUGUGUGUGUGUUUGGAUGGUAGGAGAUUAUUAAUAACAGGACUCAUGAUCCAUAAUUGAUCUAGAAAGUAUAAUAAGACAGCUAUGCACAUGGGUUGUUUUCUCAAUUCUACAAAGGUUUUACUAUGCAAUGUAACAUGAAAAAAAUACACUUAC